AUGUCUGCCUCCGUCACACUAGUCACUCACAGAGUCUCUACACUAGCCAAGGCUUGUCAGACUGGUUCUCUAUGGAUCAUCAGUGACUUCUUUCUUCACCUCACAUUAGCCUACAAAGCCACCGGUGAGCUGAGGAACACACUCAGUCACGGACCAGUCACCACAGGACUCGUGACUUGCUGGUCAGCAAUGUAUCCGUCACCUGUGGUGAGGGCCAGGAAGAGAACUUAUGUGGAGCCCUGGGUUAUUGGCCUCAUCUCUUUCUUAUCCCUGAUUGUCCUGGCAGUGUGCAUCGGACUCACUGUUCACUAUGUCAGAUACAAUCACAGGAGAACCUACAAUUACUACAGCACGUUGCCAUUCACGAGUGACAAGCUCUAUUCUGAAUUUGGAAAAGAGGCUUCCAAAAACUUCACAGAAAUGAGCCAAAGAAUUGAAACUAUGGUAAAAAAUGCAUUUCAUAAAUCUCCACUAAGGGGACAACUUUCCAAAGCUCACAUUAUCAAGUUCAGUAAAGAAGACGAUGGAGUGUUGGCUCACAUGCUGCUGAUUUUUCGAAUUCGCUCUACUGAGGAUCCUGAAGUUGUGCAUCAAAUUAUUGAAUAUGUUCUGCGUGAAAAGCUGAAAUAUGCGACGGGACCCCCAAAAGUUGAUCCUGAAUCAGUUGAAAUUAAAAAAAUCAACAAGACAGAAUCAGACAACUAUCUCAACCAUUGUUGUGGGACACGGCGGAACAAAUCUACAGCACAGACAAGUGUGAGGAUUGUUGGCGGGACAUCAGCGGAAGAGGGAGAAUGGCCUUGGCAAAGCAGCCUGCAGUGGGAUGGGUCUCAUCGCUGUGGAGCAACUUUGAUCAGCAACACGUGGCUUGUGAGUGCCGCUCACUGCUUUCGAACGCACAAGGACCCAUCCAGAUGGACUGCUAGCUUUGGGGCCACAUUACAACCUCCAAAACUGACAACAGGCAUCCGGAGGAUAAUUGUUCAUGAAAAAUACAAUUACCCAUCACAUGACUAUGACAUUGCACUUGUAGAGCUGUCUAGGCCGGUCCCCUGCACAAAUGCAGUGCAUAAGGUUUGUCUCCCUGAUGCAAACCAUGAAUUUCAGCCGGGGCAGAGGAUGUUUGUGACAGGAUUUGGAGCAUUGAGAAAUGAUGGUUUCGCCCAGAAUUACCUUCGGCAAGUACAAGUGGACUACAUAGAUACCCAAACCUGCAAUCGACCUCAAUCUUACAACGGUGCCAUCACCCCUAGGAUGUUGUGUGCUGGCUUCUUGAAAGGAGAAAAAGAUGCAUGCCAGGGUGACUCCGGAGGCCCACUCGUUACUCCGGAUGUUAGAGAUGUCUGGUACCUUGCUGGAGUCGUGAGCUGGGGAGAUGAAUGUGGCCAACCCAAUAAGCCUGGUGUUUAUACGAGAGUGACGGCCUUCCGAGACUGGAUUACUUCCAACACUGGUAUCUAA